AUGGACAUGCUCCCUCCAGCCAUGAGUGACACUGGAGAUCGCCCAACCAAGAGGGCCCGCUCCACCGGCUCGGCACCCGUUCCUUCAAACCACCUCGCGAUCGAUACCACGGUCAAGCUCGACUUCAACAUGUUCCCUCACAUUGCUGAAGCAAUUCUUAGAGAGUCGUCUUGGGAGGCACUCGUUGCUUUUCGUGGCACCUCACGCAAUCUCGCUGCGGUCGUUGACAACAUGAUGGCCAAGCAUAUCGCUCUCAACUACCACGGCAACGCUGUCCACCCCGACAGACCAUUUGAAAUCAAGACUCCUCUCGGACAGCGCAUUCCCUGUCUCCAGUCACAGCAUCAAGUGGGGUUGCAGCACAAGGCCCAUGGCACUACACCACUUCCUUUUCUUCCAUCUAUUGUUUCCCUCCAGAACACCCAGGUCAUUGACCUUGUCGACUUUAGGUGCAGCUCGACCUGUCACUUCUGCGUUCCCGGCGAGUUCGACAACGUCAAAUACGUCCGACUCUACCAGGAUGUGAUCACAGCAUUCCCCAAGCAUCUCCACCUGGAAGCUCCUAUUGUGGUCAUUUUCUGCGACUUGCGUCCGAUCAAGUGGAUGCAUGAAGAAUGGGAUGGAUCGUAUUACUCGGAAAUGGAAGAUGAGGAAUGGAAUUUCGACGUUAUCGCUUUACCCAUCCGCGUUCCCAGCAAGUCCAAAAAGCUCGUCAUCAAUCUGCGAUACCAAACCUCAAAAGGUUUACGAUCAAUUGACAAUGUCCCUCCUGAAGACGACGAGGGCCGUGUGGGUUGGAACUCCCUCACGGAGGUUGUUAUUAUCUUCACCUCUUGGAAUUCUGCCGGCUCAGGCGAGUCAAAGGCCUGGCGUGGAAUGGGCCGUCCGUCUUGGUAUCGUCUCAAUUGGCUUGCACGCAUCGUUUUCCACCUCCUGAAUUACGCCCAGAUCAAGCUCACCAUUGUCGAUUUUGAGAAGGUCGACUCCCAGCGGCUGUUCAAGCAAAACUUGCUCGAAGAGGGACAGUCAAACCAUUCAGCUCUGGUGACCCAUCUACAAAGACGCCUCGCCUUGCACCCUGAGUCGGAGGAACAGCUCAAGCAACGCCUGCAUCUAGCCAUCGAGAGCAUCGAGUUCCUCACCAUUGACGAAUACGCCGAGCGCUUGGACCCCGGAGACCUGGAGCUCGAGACUGAAGCGACGUUGAAGCCACUCUGA